CGGAAUUUUACAGUCUUGUAAUGACGUCAUUUUUGUCUAUCCUUGUUUAACUAAUGUAAAAUGACAAUGACAAAAAAUUUUGCCGAAAUGUUGUUGUCGUGGCUAAAUUUUACCUGAAAUGCUUGUCAAGUGAUUGUCAGUUUUGAAGUUUUGAAAACGCCAAAGCGUCAAAACAUGCCGCCAAAAAACCCUCAUCGAUUUAACGAACAAACACAGUUAAUAAUUCUAAAUGUGUUGGCUUUCUUUCAAAUUGAACAGGAACAAGUUCGGAAUGGCAUACCACUAGACAUCAACAAUGUUAUACAGCGAACUGCACAAGCAACGAAAGUCAGCCCAACAACCAUUUCAAAUUUGAGAAAAAAUGGUGUAAAAUCCGACAAAGAUUACGCAUCUAAUGUCUCUACCAAGCAAAAGAUUAACAAGACGAAAAUCACAGAAUAUUUGAAGAAUAAAAUUCGGGAUACAAUCUAUUAUAUGUACUCCCAAAAGGAAUAUGUUACACUGGCAACUAUUAGACAAAAAUUUCUGGAGCAAAACGAAUAUUUUCAAUUUUCCAUUGAUUCAUUGAGAAAGUGGAUCAAAAGUAUGGGUUUUAAAUGGAAGAAGUCCAAUAACAGAAAAUAUCUUAUGGAUUUACCGGAUAUUGUCCACAAACGAAUAAAAUUCUUAAGGGAGUACAUUGAAAACAAAAAUUUGGGACAUGAGGGUUAUACUCCGGUUUUUAUGGAUGAAACCUGGAUAUUUAGUAAGGGAUCAUUUCGAAACAGCUGGCAAGAUGAUACUAAGCACACGGAAUCAAUUAAACCCAAUGAAGGUCAUCGAUACAUUAUUGUCCACGCUGGGACGAACGAUGGCUUUAUUGGUGGGGCAAGUUUGAUUUUUAAAAGUGGAAAAAAAACAGGGGACUAUCAUGAUAAUAUGAACAGGGGUAAUUUUGAAAAUUGGUUCAAGACUCAACUGGUGCCAAAUCUUCCUGAAAAAUCUUUAAUUAUUAUGGACAACGCAAGCUACCAUUCUGGCCUUUUAGAGAAAAUUCCCACCAAAUCAUGGACAAAACAAAGAAUGAUAGAAUGGUUAGGGAAAAAAAAUAUCGGCUAUCCAGAAAAGGCAAUGAAGGAUCAAAUAUGGAGCAUUGUCAGCGCAAACUGCCCCAAAGAGAAAAAGUACUACCUUGAUGAAUAUGUUAAGCCUUUAGGACAUAAAAUUUUACGGUUACCGCCAUACCACUGCCAAUUUAAUGCGAUUGAAAUGGUGUGGUCUCAGUGUAAACAAAAAUACGAUCAGUACAUUGCAAAUUUUAAGGGAUCACCACAAGAGGUUUUGGCAACAUGGGAAAGGGUUAUCGGGGAGAUUUCUAGGGAUAAUUGGGAGAAAUACGUAAACCAUAUGGACAAAGUAAUACAAGAGGCUUGGGGAGCAGUACAAGUUUGUGAUGCUUCUGACAUCCCACCUCUUGUUAUCACUACAGACGCAGAUAACGACCUUACUGACGACGAAUACUUUGAUUUUGACUCUGACGAUACGGACGAGGGCGACUAAUUUUCUUCUAAUACUGUGACCAUUACAAUCGCAAUAAAUUGGCAUUGGUAUAUUUUUGUUUUACGAUUUUGAUUUUCCAACUAUUCAUCAAGGUAGUGCAAUUUUUUCUUGUGUAGAUGUGGUUUCGAUAGUGGUUCUUUGAAUUUUUAUGUACUCCUCUGCUAAUUAUU